AUGGCUACCUCUGACACCAAGGGUUACGGCGACGACAAUGACAACAAGCUCGCCCAACAUGUGUCUGAUGCCUCGCUCGUAGAUGUCCCAACAAUCACAGGGACCAGGAGAGAGCCUCCAGAGCUCGUCAAGAACCUGUCACUGGAAGAGCGACAGCAUCUGGAGACAGCAUUGGUCCGAAAGAUCGACUUGAGACUCCUACCAAUGCUCAUUCUCAUGUACAUCAUGAAUUACCUUGACCGGAACAACAUCGCAUCAGCCCGUUUGGCAGGCUUGCAAGAUCCACACUCUAAGGGAGGAUUGGAUCUUACGAGCACGCAGUAUCUGACAGCGCUCAGUAUUCUCUUCGUGGGGUAUUUGCUCAUGCAAAUUCCCUCAAAUUUGUUCCUAAACAAGAUUGGAAAGCCUGCGUUAUACCUACCAACGGUCAUGAUUAUCUGGGGUGUCAUAUCCGCUGCUACAGCAGGAGCUCAAAGCUACGGUGGCUUGAUCGCCAUCAGGUUCUUCCUUGGAUUCGUGGAGGCUGCCUAUUUCCCUGGAUGCCUGUUCUUCUUGUCCUCCUGGUACACAAGAAAAGAGCUAGGGUUUCGGACAGCUAUGCUAUACUCUGGGGCUCUGCUUUCUGGAGCAUUUUCUGGCUUGAUAGCUGCAGGUAUUAAGAAUGGCUUGGAUGGAGCACGAGGUCUCCGUGCUUGGCGCUGGCUAUUCAUCAUUGAGGGUGUUAUUACCAUCUUUUUUGCGUUUUGCUCAUACUUUGCGCUGCCGAACUUUCCCCGAACGACGAGCUGGCUAACUGAGGAAGAGCGUCAAUUGGCCAUCUGGCGUCUGGAGGAGGACAUUGGGGAAGAUGACUGGAUUGACUCGAGUCAACAGACAUUCUUCCACGGGAUGAAUCUCGCAUUUCAGGAUAUCAAAACGUGGAUUCUGAUGGUUUUACUUUUUGGUUUUGUUGCCUCAGGGACUGUUACAAACCUCUUCCCUACAGUGGUUGCGACCCUGGGCUACUCAGAUGUCGACUCCUUGCUCCUCACGGUUCCUCCCUACAUACUGGCUGUCGUUACAUCCUUCUGCAACGCCUGGCAUGCCGACAAGACGGGGGAGAGAUACUUCCACAUCACGUUGCCGCUGUAUUUCGCCGUCAUCGCAUUUAUCAUUGCUGCGACCACUACAACAAUUGGGCCAAGAUACUUUGCUAUGAUGCUCAUGCCUGCUGGGGUGUAUACGGGCUACGGGGUGGCUUUAGGGUGGAUCUCUAAUACACUGCCCCGUCCUCCUGCGAAGCGUGCCGCUGCUCUCGCAGCCAUCAAUGCUGUCUCCAACUGCUCCUCAAUCUACGCUUCCUACAUGUAUCCAGAGUCAGCGGGACCGCGCUACAUCGUUGCUAUGAGCGUCAAUUGCGUGAUGGCUUUGAUGGCCAUCUGCAUGGCUACCCUGCUCCGUUUUAUUCUCGUGGGGCUGAACAAGAAGCUAGACCGAGGUGAGCCUGUCGAAGGCGCUGUCGCUGUUGGAGAAGGGGUACCAGGAGAGGCCAGUCGGAGGGGCUUUCGGUUUGUUCUUUAG